AUGGAGGAGAAAGUCAAGAAAGAGACCUUUACCAUUGCCACGGCUCACAUGGAAACUACGCGGCCUGAGCCGGUUGGUGGACAUUAUGAAAUCAUCCUUGAUGAAGUACGUCCAGAUAGGACGGUGCCAGUAGGGGUCUCUCCUGAGGACCAGCUUGGGGCACAUUUAGUCACUCUCCUGAGGGAAUUCCAGGACAUUUUUGCUUUUGCUGUGGAGGAGAUGCCAGGCAUUGAUCCAAGCAUAGCCGUCCACAAGCUCAAUGUAGAUGAGUCCUUAAAACUUGUUCAUCAAAAGAAGAGAAAUCAUGGGGAAGCAAGAAACAAAGUCGCAGCUGAAGAAGUACAGAAGUUGUUGGAGGCUGGGUUCAUUCGGCCAAGUCAAUAUCCAGAUUGGGUGGCAAAUGUAGUGUUGGUGCCGAAGCCCAACAAAUCCUGGAGAAUGUGUGUAGACUAUACAGAUUUAAACAAGGCUUGCCCAAAAGACAGCUUCCCUCUACCCAAGAUAGACCGGUUGGUAGAUUCAACGGCUGGCCAUGCUUUGAUGUCUUUCAUGGACGCAUACUCGGGCUUUCACCAAAUUCCUUUGUGGCCAGAUGAUCAGGAAAAAACGUCAUUUGUUACUGAGCAAGGCCUAUACUGUUACAAAGUGAUGUCGUUCGGUUUAAAGAAUGCGCCAGCCACAUUUCAACGUCUAGUCAACACUGUCUUCUCUUGUCAGUUAGGACGAAACAUCGAAGCUUACAUUGAUGAUAUGAUAGUAAAAAGCAAGCAACGUGAAGAACACUUGGCUGACUUAAGAGAAACUUUUGAGACGCUCCGAAAAUAUCAGAUGAGGUUGAAUCCAAAGAAGUGUGUUUUUGGGGUAACGGCAGGAAAGUUCUUGGGAUUCCUUAUUGAUGAAAGAGGAAUCGAGGCCAACCCUGAUAUAGUACAGGCAGUAAUAGAUAUGACGUCACCAAAAUCAGUCAAGGAAGUCCAACGCCUGACGGGAUGUCUAGCGGCCCUGGGGCGGUUCUUAUCAAGGGCAGGUGACAAGUGUCAUUACUUCUUCGGCACAAUCAAGAAGAAGAGCAAAUUUGAAUGGACUGAGUCGGCAGAAACUGCCUUCGUCCGAUUAAAAGAACACCUCCACACCUUACCUCGGCUUGGAUGGAGUGCAACUCCCCGUCUAUUUCGUGAGCCAUGUCAGGACGCUGAAUUAAGAUAUUCUCCAAUUGAGAAGUUUGCACUUGCGCUGUUUAUGGCCAGCAAGAAGCUGCGCCCUUACUUUCUGGCACACAAACUAGUGGUAUAUACAGACCAACCUUUGAAACAACCCCUUACUAAGCUAGACGUUGCUGGACGAAUGCUGAAAUUGGCAAUCGAGCUGAAUGCAUUUGAUAUCUCAUAUGAGCCUCGAAAAGCUAUCAAGGGACAAGCAUUUGCCGAUUUCAUUGCAGAAAUGACGAGGCCAACUUUUGAAAAGAAUGUAGCGACUCGCUGGACAGUCUAUGUAGAUGGCUCGUCAACCCAGAACGGGUGUGGAGCCGGCAUAAUAUGUCAAUCUCCUGAAGGAGACAAGUAUGAGUAUGCCAUGAGAUUCAAUUUCCAAACAUCCAACAAUGAGGCAGAAUAUGAAGCUUUAUUAGCCGGCAUAAAAAUGUGCAAAGCUGCUGGAGCUCAAGAAAUACUUGCCUUCUCUGACUCACAGCUCAUUGUGAGUCAAGUGAAUGGGGACUAUGAGGCAAGAGACCCUAACAUGAUCAAAUAUAUGCAAGUUGUGCAUCAAGAAAUAGAACAUCUAAAGAGCUUUGAAGCUAAGCAGAUUCCCAGAACGGAGAACAAUCAGGCCGAUGCCCUGUCAAAACUAGCUAGCUCGGCUUCCUGUGAUACCCCGCGUCACGUGUUUUGGAAAUUGAAAGAUAAGCGAAGUAUUGAGCAGGAAUUGUGCGCUCCUAUGGUAGCUAUUCUUGAUCGUUCGUCAACCUGGAUGGACCCUAUCAUUGCUUACAAAUUGGACGUUUUGUACAAGAAGUCAUUUUCUAGACCCCUCCUGCGGCGUGUCAAUCCUGAGAAAGGGAAAGAAAUUCUAGAUGAUUUGCACCAGGGAUUAUGUAGCUCCCACAUUGGAGGACGUGCCUUGGCAGAGAAAGCCUUGCGAACUGGAUAUUACUGGCCCACGCUGAGAGAAGACGUCCUGGCUAUGGUGCAAAAAUGUGACAAGUGCCAGCGGUUUGCUCAUCUCAUCCACAGGCCGGCCCACCCUCUCACUCCUAUCAUGAGUCCCAUUCCGUUUGCCAAGUGGGGAAUGGACCUGUUAGGGCCAUAUACAGCGGCCCCUGGAGGCCGGCGCUAUGUGAUAGUAGCUGUUGAUUACUUCACCAAGUGGGUUGAAGCAGAGGCUCUCAAAAACAUAAAGACAACCAAUGUCCAAGUCGAAGCGUUUAACAAGAUUAUCUCCGAAGGGAUCAAGAAGAAACUAGAUGAAGCCAAGGGUCUAUGGGCCGAUGAGCUGCCAAACGUCUUAUGGUCCAUCCGCACCACGGCUAAAAACUUAACCGGCGAAACCCCAUUCCUGCUAGCCUAUGGUGCUGAGGCCGUGUUGCCCAUAGAAAUGUGUGAACCUACACUAAGAGUCAUGUUAUAUGACGAGAAUGCCAACUGGGAAAUGAUGAAGUUGGCCCUGGAAUUUUUACCUGAAGUAAGAGGAAAUGCAGCAUUGAGGCAACAACUGUACAAGAUAAGGAUGGCGAGGCAGUACAACAAGAAAGUAUCUAAAAGAGUGCUCAAGGUAGGAGACUUUGUCCUCCGAAAGAUGGAAUCUGUGGGAUGA